AUGUGGGUAUGUGGAAAUUCUGAGAGUGAUCAGAACGUGGUAAAGAGUAAAGCGUCCGCAAUCGUGUUUCACCCGUCUGGUCCUCCAGGUUGGGGGUUAAGCGAAGGGCCAACGACCCUUCCUUGUAAAAAAAAUACCAUUAAGAAACCAAAAACCAUUAAGCCUCGGAAAUCGUUUGAUAAUUUGGAUAACAGACUUGGAAACCGGACCGGAAAUGCUGGAAUUUUGAGAUUUGGAACAUGGAAUAUCAGAACUCUGUAUAAACCAGGUUCUUUACAAUGCGUAUUAAAGGAAAUCAACCGAUACAAUGUUACAGUGGGAUUGCAGGAGAUUAGUUGGCCAGGAUCGGGCAAUCUCAAAUCCGAAAAUAUGACAGUGUUCUUUAGCGGAAAGAACAAUGGAAAACACGAGAACGGGGUUGGUUUCGUAAUCAAGUCAUCCGUGUCGAGAUUAGUAAAGAAAUUUGAACCGAUCAAUGACCGAAUAUGCUACAUAGUAUUAACUGGGAAAACAUUUGAUACAGUGAUCGUCAAUUGUUAUGCCCCAACGGAAACAGCAGAUUGUGAACUAAAGGAUCUUUUUUACGAUGACCUUGAUAGAGUACUUGACAAUAUCCCUAGAGAAAGCAUAAAAAUAGUAGUAGGAGAUUUUAAUGCUCAAGUAGGGCGGGAGAAUAUCUUCAAACCAAUUGUAGGCAAAGAAAGUUUGCACCAAGAAAGCAACAAUAAUGGUAUGAGAUUAAUUGCACAGAUAAAGGGUUGGUAA